AAAAUAGAUAAAAAGCAAAUAAAACACUAGAAACCGAAAUAAUAGCAGCCAACUAGCCAGCCGGUCCGGUCUCUAGAUUCUACAAUGGCUGCUCGAUUUGCUGUCCUGGCGAGGUCCUUCUCCACCUCUGCUGCUCGUCAGCAGUUGGUUCAGCCGCCCAUCCAAAUUUUUGGCAUGGAGGGCCGCUAUGCCACUGCCCUCUACUCGGCCGCCACCAAGAAGAAGGUCUUGGAUGCCGUUGACAAGGACCUCAAGGAAUUCACUACCCUGAUGAAGAACGACAUUCAGCUGAAGGAGUUUAUUCUGAACCCGCUGCUGAGCAAAGACCUGAAGAAGGACGGCAUCAGCUCCGUGCUCGCCAAGAAGAACGCCAGCCCCCUCACCGCUAACUUCAUGGCCACCCUCAUCGAAAAUGGACGCCUUGGCAAAGUAGAAAGCAUCAUCGGUGCGUUUGAAACCAUCAUGUCGGCCCUGCGCGGCGAGAUCGUGUGCGAGGUGAUCACUGCCAAGCCCUUGGACGCAGCCACACAGAAGGAGCUGGAGGCCACACUCAAGGCAUUCGUCAAGUCCGGCCAGGUCAUCAAGCUCACAACCAAGGUGGACCCAACCAUCAUCGGCGGAAUGCUCGUCUCCAUUGGUGACAAGUACGUCGAUAUGUCCAUGUCCUCCAAGAUCAACCGCUUCACUUCUUUGCUCCAGGAGGCUGUCUAGGGUGGCUUGACAAUUGCCAGGCUGAGGGUCGACUUCACAUUGUACAGAACUAAUAUUAUUACCUAUUCAAAUCCUCCGAGGUGAAGUGUAUUGUACGUUAGUGUUUCCGUGGCAUAUAUGAAUGGCAAAACAUCCUCUAUCAUUCCUGGAAGUCCUUUGAGUAGCCUUGGGAGGAAGUCAAAUGAGCUGAUGAGGCUCGGGGAACACCACCAUCACCUCCUCCUCCUCCUCACUGUUAGAAUUUGUGCUUGCAUGAAUUCUGAUUGUAUAUGUGAAUAUAAUGAAAUUACUUUAUAGAA